UAUUUAUUUUUUUUCCUUCGUAUAAUUCGCCGUUUUCGACAAUCGUCGUCGCAACGUAAGAUGUUGAUGGUUAGGUGCACACACGGUGUGUCCCGUUUGCCGUCAAUGUAUGAGUUUUCGAUACUGACGUUGAUAUCUAUGUGGUGAUUUUGCUAUUUUGUUUUCAACAAACGGCGAGAAGGUUGUUGUUGUUGGUGCUGCGUUUUUUUUUCGUCUUCUUCAAUUCAAUUCGUACCGUUUUACCGUUUCGGUUCUUAGUUCUUGGCAUUCGGUGCAAAUGCGUACGCGUACAUACGGCUUCGAGAGCGAUGAGUAGUGUGUGUAUUGCCUGAAUUAUACGUUCAGCUCUGCUAUCGACCGACCGACAACGCCACACCGUCGUUUAUGAUCGAACUGGAAAUUUUUUAUUGUGUUUAUUGUUGUGUGAAUUUGGAGCGAAUAUACACAAUAUAUUUGUUGGAUCGCGUCUAUUCGCUUUGUCGACUUGUUUUUUGUGUGUUGUUGUUGCGUUUGUUCUUGUGCUGACCGGGCUUUGAAAAGUGUUCAUUCGUCGAGGAUUAUUGAAAAUAUAGAUUUUUAUAAACAUUUCAAAUCAGAAGAAGAGACUUAAAACAGUUUUAUUACCCGUUUUUUUCUGAGUUUUGGUCGUGGUAGUCUCUUGUGUGGUGAUUUUGUGUGCUUUGAUUCUAAACUUUUGAAUGUGUCGGCCUAAGAAUUUACAUCGAUGAUUCUACGAUUCAAUAUUCAGGGUAGGAAAAAAAUCAGUUAAAAAAAUUGGUUGCGUGCAAAAGUGUCAAUUCGUGCUCAAAAUUGGAUCGAUGAUGAUGUAAUACAGGGCAAGAAUAUCGUCAAAAAAAAGCCCAAGUAGUGUACACACAGCAUCAAGUGAUACAAACAAACGUUGAAAAUCGCAAGGCGACACCACAACACGAAACCAUUCACGUAAGACAGAGACGCAAGGUUUAACUGUAAUCGAUUCGGGGCUGCUUUUUUUCGAUGUGUUGCCAUUUUUAUUGAAAUGCGAUAAAAAAAAAACCGAGUACGAAAGAAGAAUUGAAAGCGUAUAAAAAAGGAAAACCUUUGCACAUGCCGAUAUCAAUUCAAUCAGUCGUUGAAGGAUAUCGGAUCCACAUUGACGGAUUUUUCUCGUUUUCCUUUUUCGGUGCGCGCUCCUCAGUUCAUCGUUCUUUUUUUUGCUUGCUUUUUGUUCAUUGUGCCUCAGUUCAUCGGUUUUCGGAAUAAGUUUAUUGUGAACUAAGGGUUAAAACGGACGUUUCCAUAAAAGAGUAAAGAAAAGAGAGAAGAAGUUUUUGUUGAGUGAAAAUUCCAUUUUGGUUUCGAGACGCAUUGUUUUUCCUCGGUUCAAAGAUUGGUGAAUGCUAACGAACGUAUCAGUUAAAUUAACAAUGUUGAAGUUUUGAUUAAAACCAGCAGACAAUGUUGCUAGUUCCAUUAAUUAAAGUGAUAUCAACAUCAAAUCGCAGCGAAUGACUUUCUUGAUAUUCUUUCGGGCCAAAGUGAAUUGAGUCGCUGUACACACUAACACACACAUAUACGCGCGCGCACCAACGACCAACUAUUAUGUCCAGACGAAAACAACUGCGACCAUUCAAAGUACAAGAUGACGAUGAUGACAGCAAUGCAAAGCAAAACAAGAGUGCAGAUAACGGUCUUUCGACUUCGUCAAAUGGUCACAGUACCUAUGAAGCGCAUACAUCCAAUCAAAAUUGCGACGAAGUGAAAGAUGGUGGACAAGUGAUUGAAAAAUGCAGUGAAUCAAAUAAGGUUCUGCCAACCAGUGAAAAUGGAGCCGAGAAGAUGGAAAUAUGCCAAAACAGUGCCAAAAACGAUGAAAAUUUUAAAACAGAUCAAUCCGAUGAUUCUGCAAAGACAGAUUCGGAAAGCAUCGCACCGGAGAAUGUCACAUUCGAUGCACUGGAAAAUACAAAAGUCGCAAUGGCACAAUUCGCAGCGGCCGCUUUAUCGAAAGGGACCAAUGCAAAUUCGGUUAAAGACUUGACAAUGCUUCAGUCAGCUUUAUUUACACUACAACAUCAGCAAGUCUUUCAGAUGCAACUGAUUGAACAGUUACAAUACCAGCUGGCCAAAAAUAGCGUGAAAAGAGACAAAAAACAUGUGACAUUUUCGCAAGACGGUGAGAACAAAGAUGAAAGUGAAAAAGUAAACAAGGAUCUAGUUGAUGCAGCUGAAGAUGCAGUUGAGGAUGAUAUUUUCAUCAAAAAUUCGGAUGAACGCUCUGACACUCCAAAUAGCGACAAAACAAAAGAAAUCAAAGUACAAGAUGAAAAACGAGAAUCAAAAGUCGAACCAAAAUCCAAUGAAAAAGAAAAUUCCGGUCUUGAGUCAUCACCAGCCGACUGUAACAUUAGCUCAACGCUUGCUUCAAAUAUAAUCACAAAUCAUGACUCAAGUCCACCGUCAAAUGGGACCAAUUCCCUGGAACUGUUGCAAAAGCGUGCCGAAGAAGUGUUGGAUUCCGCAUCACAAAGCUUUACAACGGGCAACCUAAUCGAUGAGCUUUCAUACCGAACUGGUGCUUAUUUCAAUGAUGGUCCAUCGGAUGAUCCAGCACUAAAGCAUCGUUGUCGUUUCUGUGGUAAAAUUUUUGGCUCAGAUUCAGCGUUGCAAAUUCAUUUGCGAUCACACACCGGUGAACGACCAUUCAUUUGUCGUGUGUGUGGCAGUCGUUUUACAACCAAAGGCAAUUUGAAGGUCCAUUAUCAGAGGCACACUGAAACAAUGGAAUUUGGCGAUGACUUGAAAAAAGAUCUUGGUGUUCUAUACGAUUUUCGAGCUCAAAGCAAGCAAAUGAAAUCAAAAGUAUUGCCAGAUAACUUGCUCGAUGAAACGUUCGAUUUAAGCCAAAAGAAGGAAGAAAAGGAAGAUUUUUACAAUGAAUCAAAUGAACCUAAAUACUCUCCAGCAUCGGAAUCACCAAAAAGAUUCGAUGAUGAUGGCGGUCGUCAUUUUUUGAAUUUCGAUCAAGAGUAUUCGUCGUCGAAGAAGAAAGCUUGGGAAAAGUACAUGGAAAUUGUCGACACACCCAAAGCAUAUGAACUGCAACAGGACGAAGCCUAUCGAGUUGAUCCAAACAAAUGCCCAAUUUGUAAUCGAUUGUUGUCGUGUCGAAGUGCUUUGAGACAACACUAUCGAACGCAUACCGGAGAGAGACCAUUUCGAUGUCGACUGUGCACGCGGUCAUUUACGACGAAAGGCAAUCUAAAAACUCACAUCGGCGUUCAUAAGAUCAAUCCACUAUUGAAUCCAGUGCACAGUUGCACAAUGUGUCACAAGAAAUAUUCAACAGCUCAUGCAAUGCAGCAACAUACUAACACACAUACUGGAGCUCCAAUUGAAAUGACCAUCGAUCAAAUCAGAGCCGCAGAAGUUCGAGAUUUUGUGUCACAAGAUUCAUUGAACGAUCUGUUUGGGUCGAACUCAUCGCUGGGCGAUUUUAAUGAAACGAGAGACAAUUCAAUGGAUUUUGAAAUGACACAACCGAAAAGCGAUGCGGACCUUCAAAGCAAAAUACCGUUAGUUGACUUGUCUGAUUCAGAGAAUUCAAAAAGUCGAGCAAAACGAAUGUCACACGAUUUUGAGAAAGAAAUUGAAAAACUACGGAAUAAUUAUUCAGGAUCACCCGAACCAAAACGACGGUGCAGCGAAGCGGACAAACCAAUUAAGAGUGAAUCGACAAAAGAGAAAGGAAUGGAUUUCUUUACGAAAUUUUCACCAAUGUUUGGCUCAGCAUCAGUUCCACUGUCAUCGCCAUCACUUCUCAGCGGUAAUAUCAACUCAUUGCUGGCGUGCAAUUCGUUUAGUCCCGGAUUUUCGACAGGUGUUCGCGGUAACACGACGUGCAAUAUAUGUUUCAAGACGUUGGCGUGUCAUUCAGCGCUUGAAAUCCAUUAUCGUAGUCACACAAAGGAAAAGCCGUAUGUGUGCCAAUUGUGCAAUCGAGGAUUCUCAACCAAGGUAAUACACCGACAUAUGAUGACUCACAAAAUUCGCGAUAUGCCACAGCAUAUGUUCCGAAAUUCCACACAAUCACCAUCAUCGGAUAGUAACAAUUCGCUGUCAGUCUCCGCGACUUUUCAAUCACAACAGCAGACCGAACAACAACCAGCUGAGACUGCACACAGUCUGGAUGACACAGUAAAUGAGGAUCGCCAAUUAAGAGCAUCGUCGCACACAAAUGACAAUGAUUUUGACAAGAAUGCUAGCGCUGUCACAGCUGCUGAUCAAAGCAAUCCAACGUACUUAUCGUCGGAUGAUUCAGGCUCAAUGUCAUCGCCCGCCCGAACGAACAACGGCGAAAGUGAAAUUGGUGGUGGCGGCGUCGUCGAUGACAACAACGAAAUCAAGAGCGACACAAUUUCAAGUGUAACCGUUAACAUUCCAUCGAAAACGACCGCAAAAAGUGAGGACGAUUGUACCAAAGUAACGCCACGAAAGCCGCGAACAAAGGAUAAAAAUCGAGACUACUGCAAAUUGUGCAACAAACAUUUUGGGUCAUUUUCAGCGCUUGAAACUCAUAUACGAUCACAUACUGGAGCCAAGCCCUUCACCUGCACCGUAUGCGAAAAAUCAUUCUCGACCAAAGGCAAUUUGAAGGUUCACAUGCAGGCACAUUCCUGGCCAAACGAACCCAAUCGCAACAAUCGCAUAUCGCUUGAUUUGUCAAAUCAUUUUCCACCAAUGAGUCCGUACGGUUUACACCGGCCGACCGAACUAUUCAACCCAUUCAUUGCAAACGCUGCCGCUAUACAGCAAAAGUUACAUGAAGCCAAUUUGUAUCAAAAAUAUGCAUCAAACAUGCGAGAAUUUACAGCCGACAUUCUGAAAAACAAUGACGAACAAUCGUUACACCGAAAUUUAUUUGGGCUAGCACAUUUACCAUUUCAAAUGUUUAACGACCAUAUCGAUCACGGUUCGAUGAAAAACAAAUAGAUUUUUUCGAUCUUCAGUGACAAAAUAUCAAUCGACGGACAUUUUUUUUUUCCGCGAUCAUAAUCAUAUUGUUGCAUUUUCACAAUCAAACCCUGAUUUUUUGUUUGAUUUCACACACUCACACACGGUAUGAACAUCAGAAAAAACAAUAUCAAGGACAUGUCACAGGAAUCAAGUACAACAAACUACAACUUAAGAACCAACUCUAUAUCACAUUCAUAUUUAAAUUAGCUGCUAACGAUACCUUUUAAGUAAGUGUUUAAGUGUGAACAAAAACCAGAAAUAUGAAGAGAAAACAAAAUAAAGGGAAAACCAACACGGAGAAUUUAAACAACAUGGAAAAAUUGGAAAAAAAA